AUGGACACCACGGCGAUUCGAGGCCUCCUCGCGGCCAGUUUGGACCCCGAUGCCGACACGAGAAGGAGGGCUGAGAUUCAGCUCAAGCAGGCCAGGAAAGACGGAGACGGAGACGGAGACGUCGUCUUCCCCUUCGUCUCUCGACCCCCCUCCCCCACGAAAUGGCCCCCCUACCGCUCCGAGCCGAUCCGCACCGCAUCGCACGCACGCACGCACGCAUAUCACACACAUUCGACAUGGACGCACACGCACGUCAGCUGUCUGUCGACCACCGUUGCUGCGAAGCGAAGCGAGGCCAACCCGAUCGAAGAGCACCCGGGGUUUAUGGACGUUCUCCUCGAGGUCCUUCAGAACGAGCAGGAUAACAGCGUAAGGCUAUCAACCGUUAUUUACAUUAAGAACCGUGUGAACCGGGGAUGGGAGAAGUCGGAGCACAGCCCGAACGAGACACAGAUCGCCGAAGAUGAGAAGGCGCGCUUCCGCGAUCGCCUGCUGCCCAUCAUGGCCGCCUCCCAGGGGCUGGUCCGGCAGCAGCUGAUCCCCGUCCUCCAGCGCAUCCUGCACUUCGACUUCCCCGAGAAGUGGCCCAACUUCAUGGACUACACCAUGCAGCUCCUCAACACGAACGACGCCCCCUCGGUCCUGGCUGGCCUGCAAUGCCUGCUUGCCAUCUGCCGCGCCUACAGAUUCAAGUCCUCGGACGGCGACAACAGAGUCCACUUCGACAAGAUCAUCGAGGCCAGCUUCCCCAGACUGCUGGCUAUCUGCAAUGAGCUGGUCGCUCAGGAGAGCGACGAGGCCGGUGAGAUGCUUCACUUGGCCCUCAAGGCCUACAAGCACGCGACCUGGCUCGAGCUUUCUGCCUUCCUGCGCGAGCAGCAGACCAACUUUGGCUGGUGCACCGUUUUCCUCCAGACCGUUUCCAAGACUAUCCCGGCCAGCGCCAUGGUCGACGACUCAUACGAGCGUGAAAAGCACCACUGGUGGAAGGCCAAGAAGUGGGCAUACUUCAACCUCAACCGCCUGUUCAUUAGACACGGCAACACACAGUCUGUCGCCAACACCAAAGACGAUGACGCCGUUCGCUUCGCCAAGGAGUUCUCCGCUACGAUUGCCCCCGAGAUUCUUAAGCAUUAUCUGGCCGAAAUCGAGAAGUGGGUUGCGAAGACGGCAUGGUUGAGCAGACCCUGCUUGUCAUACACCCUCGUCUUCCUUGACGAGUCGGUGCGCCCCAAGGAGAUGUGGAACCACCUGAAGCCCAACCUGCAGAACCUGGUGACACAUUUCGUGUUCCCCGUUCUGUGCCUCUCCAAGGAGGAUAUCGAGAAGUUCGAGGACGAGCCCGAUGAAUACCUCCACAGGAAACUCAACUUUUACGAAGAGGCCUCGGCACCCGAUGUGGCAGCUACCAACUUCCUCGUCGGCUUGACGAAAAACAGGAGAAAGCAGACUUUCGAGAUCCUCAAGUUCGUCAAUGCUGUCGUCAACGAGUAUGAGCAGGCGCCUGAGGACAAGAAGAACCACAUCGCCAAGGAGGGUGCUCUGAGGAUGAUCGGUACUUUGGCCCCCGUCAUCCUGGGCAAGAAGAGCCCUAUCGCCGACCAGGUCGAGUACUUCCUCGUCCGCUACGUUUUCCCCGACUUCACCAGUCGCCAGGGCUACCUCCGUGCCCGCGCUUGCGACACCAUCGAGAAGUUCGAGCAGCUCAACUUCCAGGACCAGAACAACCUCCUUACCAUUUACCGCCACAUUCUCGACUGCAUGGCCGAUGUUGAUCUUCCCGUCCGUGUUACCGCCGCCUUGGCUCUUCAGCCCCUUAUUCGUCACGAUAUCAUCCGCACCAGCAUGCAGCAGAGCAUUCCCACCAUCAUGCAGCAGCUGCUCAAGCUCGCCAACGAGGCCGACAUCGACGCUCUCGCCAACGUCAUGGAGGACUUCGUCGAGGUUUUCGCUACCGAGCUGACGCCUUUCGCCGUUGCUCUUAGCGAGCAGCUGAGAGACACCUACCUCCGCAUUGUCCGUGAGGUUCUCGACAAGAACAAGGACAAUGGUGACGAUGAGUACGGCGACUACCUCGAUGAGAAGAGCAUUACUGCGCUUGGUGUUUUGCAGACCAUCGGUACUCUUAUUCUUACGUUGGAGAGCACUCCUGAUGUGUUGCUGCACAUUGAGGCUGUUCUCAUGCCCGUCAUCCAGGUUACUCUUGAGAACAAGCUGUACGACUUGUACAACGAGGUGUUUGAGAUCAUUGACAGCUGUACAUUUGCCGCCAAGGGUAUCUCCCCCACCAUGUGGCAAGCAUUUGAGCUCAUCCACGCCACCUUCAAGGCUGGCGCAGAGCUCUACCUGGAAGACAUGCUGCCUGCCCUCGACAACUUUGUUCAAUAUGGUGCUGGUCAGCUGGUGCAGAAGCCUGAGUACAUUCAGGCUCUCUUCUCCAUGAUCGCUGAUAUGUUCAACGACAACAAGGUUGGCGGUGUCGAUCGUAUCUGCGCCUGCAAGUUGGCCGAAGCCAUGAUGCUGAACCUCCGCGGUCACAUCGACAACUACGUAUUGGAAUUCAUCAAGUUCGCCAUGACCAUUCUCAGCGCCCAGGAUGUCAAGGUCAAGGCCUACAAGAUUCACCUCAUGGAGCUUGUUAUCAACUCCAUCCACUACAACCCCGUCCUUACUCUUCACAUCCUCGAGACCCAAGGAUGGACGAACAGAUUCUUCAGCCUCUGGUUCGGCAACAUGAACAACUUCACUAGAGUCCACGACAAGAAGCUUUGCAUUGUCGCGAUCUCUGCUCUGCUCGGCCUCAAGGCUGACCAGGUUCCCCAGAGCGUGUCUGUUGGAUGGCCACGCUUGCUCCAGGGCAUCACUGAGCUCUUCAAGACUCUGCCCGCUGCCAUGAAGAACCGGGAGGAGGCUCUUCGUGACGACUACCACCUCGAGGCCGGCAACUACGACUACGGCGAGGAGGACGAGUGGGCUGAGGACGAGGCAAACUGGAACGUCGAGGAUGAGCCUGAAGAGGAGGAGCCUACCGAGGCUCGUGAUGAGAGUACAGCUUACCUUGAGUUCCUCAACGAAGAGGCCCAGAAGUUCAGCCGAGGUGUCGAGGAUAUCGAGUCCGAAGAUGACUUGGGCGAGGACAGCGUCCUGCUGGAAUCACCCCUUGACAAGGUCGACCCUUACCUGCUGUUCAGCGCUACCCUGAUGAAGAUGGAGGAGGAGCAACCCCAGUUCUACCAGUCUUUGGCCUCUCACCUGUCCGCCGAGGACCAGGCCGCCCUCCAAGGCGUCAUGCAGAAGGCUACCGAGAAUGCCCAGGCCGCCCAGCUGGCCCUUGCUCAACAACAAGGUGCUGGCCCCGUUAACGGCGGUGCCAGCUAA